GGGCUGCUAUAGAAACUGUAUGUUGUAAACGCCAAUAGAAAAUUCCGAAAGCGUUUAGUUGAUCACAAAGUGUGGAUUAGUCGCGAUUUAGUUUCGUGUGCUUCAACCAAACAAAGCUUUCGUGAUGGAGUCUUGCGAAAUGAGCUUCAUUAAAUACGUUUUAUUCAUUUUCAACUUGAUUUUUGCCAUUUCCGGAAUUGGAAUCAUCGUUGCCGGAGCUUUGGUUUUGUCAGAUGUGGGCGAUUUUAAGCACUUCCUGCAAGAUGAAAUGCUGGCACCGCCAAUUGUUCUGAUUGUCGUGGCGGCGAUUGUUUUUAUAGUUGCUUUUUUGGGCUGUUUUGGCGCAAUUCGAGAAUCGUACAAACUCUUAAUUGCGUUUGCUGUUUGUCUUUUGAUCAUUUUUUUCGUCGAAAUGGCAGUCGGAAUCGCAGCAGCGAUUUACAAAAACGAUUUUGGGGAUGCGCUCAAAAGUGCGCUGAAAAAAUCGCUUGAUAAUUACUCGAAAAAUGAAAUGGAUAAAAUCUCGUGGGACAACGCACACUUGAAGCUGAAAUGUUGCGGGGUGGAGGGCCCCGACGACUGGCAGGGCCAGCCCUUGCCCUACUCCUGCUGUCACGUGGACGACGAGCUGUCCUCCACCCUCAACUCCUACUGCAUUAACGUCGCCAGAGGCAAAUACCUAUACGAGACCGGUUGUUACGACCAACUCAAAAUAAAAAUCCACGAAAACACUAACAUCCUAAUCGGCGUUGGAAUCGGAAUUGCCUUCAUUCAGGUACGUUUCUCACCCAAAAAAAAUUCGUUUCAUAAAAUUUCAGAUCGUUGGAGUGAUUCUGGCCUGUUGGUUGGCCCACACGAUAAAAAACGAAAGUGGGGAAAAAUGAGAAGAGACCAUUGUCGAUAUUUACGACCAAAGGAAACAUAUAUUUGUCUACUGAUAAAUGGGUGCUUUCUUUGGGGUGUAAUUUAUGCCAUGGCCUACUCAACCGCCAGGUCAGCGAACUAAGUUUGGUUUUAGGGCAAGAGUUAACAUACGCUUAUCUAAUCUAUCGUUCAUUUGCAUUUCUUGUGAUUUUCAGCAAUAACGAGAUUUAUUUUGGAAAGGGCUUCGUGUUAUUAUGUAUUAGAAAUAAGCGUGUCGUGUGUGCAAAUAAAAUAUGUAUUUAUUAAAAA